AUGGUAAUCCUCCUUUUCGGUGAUGAGAACUUCAGCUUCUGCAACGGCUUCCUAGCCGAUCACGAUGACGACAUUGUUGAAGUUUGUAGCUGUUUGAAAGAAAAUGAAUUAAAACAAGAAAGUAAGAGUAACAUACAGGCACUAAGCAGGAAUGUGAUUAUUCACUAUGGCAUUAACCCAGUUCAGUUAAAAUCUAAAUUUCCCCCGAAUACCUUUGAUGCGUUAUAUUAUAUCUUACCCGGGUUGUCAUUUCAUGGACAUCCAGAUUUUAUCGAUCCACAAACGGAGAUGUUUAAGUUACGUUUAAAUUUAUUUUGUUUUAGUUUUUUAAAAAGUAGUAAAAAUAUAGUCAAACCUGAUGGUUAUGUAUACUUAUUAUUCCCAGACGAAUCGGCCGCGCGGAGUGGCAGUUCGUUGCCUAUGACCGAUGGAAACGUCCACGGGGCACAGCAUAAUAAUGACAACAACAAUAAAAACAAUGACAACAACGACAAUGUGGAAGGAAACAGUAACCCUAACAGUAAUACAAACAAUGCAGUGGAGGAGGGAUUGGGAGACGCUUCUCAUGGUAAGAAGAACGGUCUGCCCUUCCUGCCCAUAGAACCGAAAAAGUUAGCAAAAUUUUGUAACAUCUCAAGAGAACACAGUAAAGAUUAUAAUUUAGACCUCUCCGUGCAUGCGAAUUGGCUACCCGUCCUGUUUAAUCUGCCCAUUGUGAACGAACUGCCCGAGUGGGUAAAGACGUGUAAGUACUACUGCUUCAGGAUGACAGAGCUGCCAAUCAGUAAGAAUAAAAAUGGCCGAGGAGGUGGAAGCGGAGGUAAUAACAACAUCGGAUCUGCGGGGAACAUGGGCAAUGAACAGAACCGAGACGAUGAUAACGAAAAUAAGGAUGACGAAAGUAGAGGAAGAAAGAGAGAAGGCAUAAAUGACGAAGAGAAGAGACAAGAUGGGGACGGAAACAACGAUAACAAUAAUAGUAGUAGUACCAAUAAUGUCCAUGCGCAGAGCAACGAAAAUGCAAGGAACAACGAAGAAAAUGAGAUAAACAAAGAAAAGGAAGAUGACCCUGAUGAAUACAACGUUUUGAAAAUACCACCCCAGGUGUUCGAUUACUCCAUCGAAAAACUGGGACAUGUGAAUGAGUGUUUCUUGUUUAAGCUCUACUCAGCAAACAGCAAAAGUGUCCUUAUCUCGAGACUAACUCUCAAAUACGAUCCAAGAAUUUCAGGAUGGAAAGGAGACAACAAAGUUAAGAAAGACAUGCUUAACAAUAACAUGCCCAUGAACAUGGGAAAUAUGAACAUGAAUAAUAUGAAUAUGAACAACAUGAAUAUGAUGAAGAAUAUGAACAGCUUAAUGAAUAUGAAUAAAUAUAAAGGAGGGAAGUACAAAAAUAAGCAACCGAAAAAUGACUUCCAACAGCAGUAUAAGAAUAACUUAAUGCAGAAUAAUAUGAAUUAUUCAUUAAAUAAAAAAGGAAAUAUGAAUCUCCCUCCACCUCCCCCAAAUAAUUUGAAUAUGCAACCAAAUAAUGUGAACAUUCCAAAUCAGAAUAUGAAUUAUAAACAGAAUAAUUUUCCAUUUGUUAAUAAUUUUAAAGGGAUGCCGAACAAUUUAUCUCAGAAUGUGCAAAAUAGUAUGACGAACAUUCCGAUGAAUGUCAAUCCGAACCUCUCCAACAAUAUGAUGAACCCCUACCUUAAUGGUGCCUUCAACAACAACUUCAGGAAUAAUAUGUACCAGCAAAACAUUCCCAUGCCCCCCCCUAUGGGAAACUUUAACAAAAAAAUGUACCAAGGCCACAACAUGAACAUAAAGAGAAAAAACGACAUCUACAACUGCGACAAUAUGGAAAAGAGCUACAACAACUACAUCAUGAAGGAGAACUACAAAUCAGACGAUGAUAACAAUAUGAACAACGUCAAUGCGUGUAACGAUGACUACGACCUAGAUCAGUGCGAUUACAAUGCCAGUAACGUAAAGAACAUGAAGAAGAAAAAUGCAGAAGAUGCUGAUUAUUACUUGUAA